GAGUAAUAGGUAUGCCACUAUCACAUUAAGUGUUCAUGGUCAAGAGAAAGUUGGUAACCAAUCAAGAUGUUAUGACACAAUGUUUUUAUGACUAUAGAAUUUUAAUGUGGGCUCAUAUACCUGUUACUUACCACGAAAUAAAACUAAUAAAAUUUGAUCAGUUGCCUUUAUUGUUUUAUAUAUAUUUAAUAUUUAUUUUAUACAAUUUUUUUUAAUUAACUACAAACAUGAAGAUUCUUUUAUAUCUAGCUUUAUGGAGUAUAGUUUCUGUAUUGAGUGCAAAAUUUGAAGCUUUUUAUCCAAGAGAAGCAUAUGGAGUGAGUAAUGGAGCAUCUAGAUCGCCUCACGGUCACGGAUCAUUCUACAAGUACAGAAAUCCUGCUCUUGUAGAUGCUAAAAACUCUCCUGCUUAUGGAUAUAGAUUUGACGGGAAAAGGCGUUUCAAUUUUGACAAAUAAUUUAUGUACAUAUGUAUUUAAAAUUAGUAAUUAUGUAUUGUUCGUCAAU